AUGGCAUCCCAGGUGGGCCGAGCCUGCGCAGCGGCUGGCUAUACUGAGCUCUACAAAGAGCUUGCAAUCCUACCAGAAAUCCACAUCGCCGAGGAAGCAAGAGACAGUGGCAAUGAGGAGAUAUAUCGAAGCAUAAUGGCAGCGCCUGUCAAAUACACGGUCAUGAACGGUUACCAACGCGCACUCAAUCUCGAGAGUCCGGUUGCAGCGAACAUGAAUGUUGAUACAGCGGUGCGCUGGAUGCUACAAGUGAAGCAGAAAUUCCGCAAUCUGGCCGACGAGGAUGACAUGGAAGACUGGGAUAUUGCCGACAUCAUGGAGCACGGCUUCGACGAACAAACGUUCGACAUCACAGAAGAAAUGUGCUUAGACCUUAUCGGAAUGCCCCCAGAGGACAUUGAGAAGCUACGUCCGCGAUGUGAUCUGCUGUCAUUGCUUAUCGAACCUUUGCCUCAGGACCUGCCUACGGCCGAUAAGGACAUGCUCAUCUGCGCAGCGGCAUACUAUGGUAACACCGAUCGUUACGUACGUUUAAGGCGACCGAAGUUUGUGCGCAAAGAGAUCGAGUGCAUAAUGCGCGGCGUAUAUCACAAUACUUUAUACGCCGCUUGGUGGUCCAAACAGACGUUACCACAGGAGCCCAAGAUUCGUAUGGCCAUCGAGGCUCGCUUCAUCACGAACAAUGAACUCUCUCGUGUGCAGAGUGCGGAGUUCGUUCCCCCGUACCUCAUCUGGUUCCCAACAAUCGCUAAGCCUGCGACAUACCGAGCCUUGGCCCAACUCCGGCCAGACAUGCUGCCUCAGAUCCUUCGAGCAUGCAUUGUGGCUGCAUCAGGCUUGAAUGGAUACAAUGAGCUCUUCGACGAGCUCGUUCAUCUUUCCAUGCCGGACGAGGCGCUCGUGCACGAGGCGGAUGUGAGUGGCGAUGCUCACUACAAGCAAAUGUUGCUGUCGAGAAUCGCCGAAGUCGGACUGGUGAAGCUUCCUUGGCCUCAUGACUGGAAGCCGUACGCGCAGCAGUGUCUGCAGUCUUCAAGUAACCAGGUGACUAAGUACAACUAUCAGCUAGCUCCUGGUGGCUCCUUUGACAUGCUGUACAAUGGAAACCAGUGUGACGCUGGUGAGUUGGAGCUAACGGCUUGUUUACCAGAUGCUUGGAAGAUUGGUGACAAUGAUGAGGCUUUCUGGAGAGAAUUGGAUUAUGUCGAGUGGCCGCCACGGGAUCUUACAUCGGGACAAAGUAGGCGGACAGAGCAAUUAGAUCGUUUAGAUCGCAAAGUUUGA